AUGGUGGAAUUGUCUCUGAGGAAAGCCAGGACCAAUUGGAAGCAGCUUUCGUCGCCCACCAGAACGAACGCUGGAGGUUCAACUGCUAGCGGUGAACAGUUGAAAACUAAUCCGUAUCAAAACUUGAAAGUUCCGACAGACUAUGCUCAGCUACCUACAAUUGACUCCAAAGAGCGUGACAAAGUGGGUACGCUGAUGCAAAGACGGCUCUCUUUCCACGCUCCAAAAUACGGCGGUCCUGCCACAGACUAUGCGGCAGUGCCUUUGCCAUAUGGUUUAGAUGGAGAACAAUCGUACGCUGGCAAAAACGACUUCCAACCUAUUUCUAGACAGAACAGAUCCACUUCGAGCGUGGGCAUGCAGAGAUUGGGCCACAAACAAGCACACAGCGUCCCGUUACGUCAAGUUUUGAGCAAUCCCGACUUCGAUGCUAAGGAGUACGUUUCCAGUACGCUGGGAAACGCCAGCGCUUUGGAAAUCGACCAAUUCACAUCAGAGUUGAAUGAUCUUGCGCUAGAAGUCACCGACGAGGUCAAAGAAAACGUAUCCAGGUCGUAUACCCAGGUCUUACAAGUAAAUAAGGAUCUGAAAAGUGCUUCUACGGAGCUCAAACAGCUACGAUCUAGCGUUGGAGAACUUCAAGAAGUAAUGGGUGAUUUAUCCACCAUGGCAGAAAAACGGUUGCAGCUGGAACGGGGCCCCACGCAGAAUUCGCGCACCGAACAGCAACAACAACAACAACAACAACAACACUCUCUCCUCCCACCAGCAAAGGCCUCGAAAAAAAGGGACCGCACCAGCGUUUUCAUGCUGGAAAAAAUGUGGAAGAGCGAGCUUUCAACGCUCUUUCGAGUUGUCGAGGGCGCACAGAAAUUCAUUGCACCGGUACCAGGAAGGCAUAUUCUUUUAGAAAAUAGUAACUGGUACGAAAUGAAUGCUGCUACACUCAAACCAUUAAAAGCCGUCCACAUUUUCUUACUGAGUGAUAUGAUCAUGAUAGCUGCCAAAAACCAAGAAAAUAGACAGCAUGAGCUAGUUGUGUGCUAUUGCCAUACACUGAGAGAUACCACCAUAAGUCCACAAGCGAAAAAUCGGAUCUCUCUAAAUUUUGCCAACCGCCGACAAUGCUUGAUCCAAACACACAAGAGCCAAGAAUAUGAGCAUUUUGUGUCUGCGGUACGUGGAGCAAAGGAUGAUUUAAACGUCAUCUUUGAAGCUGAGGAAGAGAAUACGCGUAAAAUUAGAGAUUCUUUUACUUACUUACAGGCAACUCAAAACACACCUGGAAGAGAGUUGACGUUAAGUCCCACGAAGGGUCACGCCCGAAAUUCGAGCUUGGGAAAUGCAGCAUCCGGUCCUGGCAGCGAAGCAAAUGAGUCGUUUUCACUUCAAGUUUUGAGCUCAUCUUUGAAGUAUCCUUCGCAGGCCGUAGGUGGAAGACGUAAUGCCGAUGUAUUGAGUCAUCUGGAUGGCGUGGUGGAAAAUUUCGACAUCGUUUUUGCACGGCACAACUUCAAAGCGGCUAUUCAAUACUUGAAUCAGUUGGAAGAGUCGCUUACAUCGCUAAACAAAGACGGGAGCCAGAAAAACCAAAUACUUUUGAAUCUUGUUCGACUAAAAGUGGCCAAUCGAAAUGAGCUUUUAGCAGGCAAAUUGACUCAACUUAUUUCUGCUGAGACUUCGAACUUUUCUAACUUAAUCGACUACCUGCGGGACCUAAUAUCUUUGAAUUACAAGUACGAGGCUCUAGACCUGUUUUUACAGAACAGAACCAAAUAUGUCCACGAGCUGAUUAUAAAGGUUGGAUCCUUUCAAAAUUCUACACACUAUCUCACUCAAAUUGCUGUCAUAAGAUUCCAAACGCUAAAAACAGUGGUCGCAAGCGUGAAGGAAAUUUUCGACAGCACGGAUGCUAAAUUUUCCUCUACGUUGGUGAGUUGGUGUAGCAGCGAAGUCGACCAGCACUUCUCAUUGAUUAAUAAGCAUUUAAUGAGCAUCGAGAUGAUUCCACCUUCCUCGAUCAAGUCUUCGCGAAGGCAAAUAGACGAGCUAAAAAGUGUUGGUCUAGACUUCGUUUACAAGUUAGACGAUUUCAUCAGAAAAAACGCCGAGCGAAUUGGGUAG